CUUUUUUGCGCCGGCUGUGACAAGCGCUGCGGCAUUUGUCCCCGCGACAGCACCGCUGCCGCCGUCUCUAAGGUCGCCUGGGUCCCACCGCCGCCACCAUGCCUCGGGGAAGCCGCAGCGUGGCCUCCCGGCCAGCCAGCCGCCCCGCCGCGCCCUCUGCCCACCCCCCCGCGCACCCACCGCCCUCGGCAGCCGUCCCAGCCCCCGCCCCUUCGGGCCAGCCGGGGCUCAUGGCUCAGAUGGCGACCACGGCCGCAGGGGUAGCCGUGGGCUCGGCUGUGGGACACGUCAUGGGCAGCGCCCUGACCGGAGCCUUCAGCGGGGGGAGCUCGGAGCCCUCCCAGCCUGCUGCGCAGCAGACUCUUGCACUGUACCCCCAGGCCCCCACCCCCGCUGCCCCCCAGCCCCUGCAGAUGGGGCCCUGUGCCUACGAGAUCAGGCAGUUCCUGGACUGUUCGGCCACUCAGAGUGACCUGUCCCUGUGUGAGGGCUUCAGCGAGGCUCUGAAGCAGUGCAAGUACAACCAUGGUCUGAGCUCCCUGCCCUGAAGAGGUCAGUGCAGACUCGGGGGCCAGUCCUGCACCCACCUCUACCCCUCGCCGACAGCCAGACCACAACAACAGAUUGUACCCGGAUAGCUGGGAUUGGAAGUGAGGAGGUUUCUCACCCCACAGAUAACCCAAGACACAAAUGUGCAAUUAAAAGUUUAUUUUAGACCACA